CAUACAGGAGAGGAAGACAGAAAGACUUCCGUGUACAAACGUUUCAUGUAUUUUCAGGUGAAAUAUGCCCCGUUACUGUGCUGUAAAACUGUGCAAAAACCGUGGCGGAACACCCUCUAAAGAAAACAAGAGACUAAGCUUUUACCCGUUCCCCUUGCAAGAUGAGGCCAGGCUGCAGAUAUGGGUAGACAACAUGAAGCGAGAGGAGUGGACCCCCAGCAGACACCAGUACCUGUGUAGUGAACAUUUCACUGAGGACUGCUUUGACCUGCGAUGGGGGAUCCGAUACCUGAAACACACUGCCAUCCCUACCGUCUUCCCUCACAGACAUGACGAUGAAGAGAAAACAGUUUCCACUAGUAAGAAGAACACCAAGCCCAAAACCAGGAUAUGCGACGCCAACAUUGAACUCAUCCGCUCCCCCUCCCCUCCUGGCAAGAAUAAACCUCUGAUUCUGAGAAGGAGAGUCCGAGUGGAACCAGUCGUGGUGAGUGUCCCUCCUGUCCCGAACCCUGAGGAUGCCAGUGAAUCUACGGUCACUACCCUGUUAUAUGAAAGACAGCUUGUUUCAGACGCAGAGGCCUCUACUCCUAGUGAAAUGGUCCUGGGGGAGGUGAUGCUCUCAGAGACCCAGGCUGCAGUGUGUGAGGUGUCCGGAGAACUGCCUGGAGACAGUGGUGGGAUACUGACAGCCUCUUGCUUGAACCUGUCUGCUGAGACACAGACACUGCAGCAGCUGGAUACACUGGACUCCACGGUGACUGUGCUCUGCUGUGAAUCCGUCGGCCCUGUCGGCCAUUUCUCGGAAUGUGAAGCCACAGUGGACGCCCUCCAGGCGGUCCUCGGUCAGACGUUUAGGAUCUUCCCUCUGGAGCUACGGAGGGAGGAGGGGGUCGGAGACGGAGAGGAGGGCCCCGGGGAGGGGGAACACAUCUCGGUGUACGAGCACUCCUACUCCAAACAGGACACGGACAAGGAACAGCUGUGGAGUAAGAUCGCCAGCCUCCACACCAAGAUCAUGGAGUUGGAUAGGAGAGAGGAAAGCACCAUGGGUAAAAUACGAUCGCUUGAGAGCGAGAUGGCACAUCUGAAGAAGAACAAAAAUUUUUGCAAAGAAAAGCAGAAAGUACUAGAGGACUAUAUUACUUCUGCGUUGCUCUAAUGUCUUAACCGUAGUGCUUUGUUUCCAUUAACAUCUGUGUCUUUUUAAUUAGAUGUUUUUGGUAUAGUUAUUACAGGGUUAUUAGUCUCAAUCACUUGUACUUAUUUAUUACCUGUUUACAUGUUUCACCAAGAGUUAUAUUACGUACUAGUAGUGAGUCCCUUUGUUUCUCAAAGAGCAUUGGCCAAGGCCUGUAAUCUGUUCUCCAUCUUGUUCUAGGCAGGGGAUCCCUGUCCGUCCAUAUGUCCCCACUAGGUGGCACUGUGUCUUUAAGAGCCAGGACCAAUCGGAUAGGCCAUGGCACUAUGCACUACGGUUUCAUGCUUAGAUGUCACUGACAUAAAUUGUAAAUAUUAGUGGUGUAAUUGUGAGCGUUUUAAGGGAAGCGAUAUUAGCUAUAGUUGUGCUACAGAUGGUUGCUUGUUUUAUUCAGUGAUAUAGUAUCGUAGCACAUCUAAAGUGCAGUCAUACAGGUCCUUGCUUUGCUUGUUAUUUAUGUGUAAAAAGGCAUAUGUUUUUCACCAAUGUUUUAU